CAAGCGAUGGGUAAACCCACGCGGAGAUGUCUAGCAUUGGCCAAGAAAUCUCCUGAUCAUCCCCUUCUUCCCAUUCUUGGUAUUUCAUGGGCGAGUGUUUUUGUGUUUUUUUUUUUUUUUUUUUCUCGCCUCUUCCCGAAGAGAUGUUUUCCCCGGUCCCUUUUAAGAUGGCGUCUGCCGCCCAGACCCGUGGCGUUUUCCCCCCAAGACCCUUUCUGCAAAACCACACCCUCCUCCCUUCCCUAGUCUUGCAGGCUCUUACCUAGACGAGCCGAAGCGUGACCAACAAAAUGUCCGACAACAAAGCAAAAGGCUUCUUGAGAAAAGCAUAUCGUGCUUUUGCUCCUGAAGCCGAAAAGGGCGAUGAUGGGCGUGAUAAUUGGCCUUCAAGGACCGCGUUCGUCCUCGCCUGUAUGGGAGGUACAGUUGGUUUAGGAAACCUCUUACGAUUCCCAUCGAUUGCCUUUCAAAAUAAUGGAAUACAGUGGUUCAUACCAUAUUUCAUGGCAGUCUUCUUUCUGGCUGUUCCUGUGGUCAUCCUCGAGGUCUCAAUCGGCCAGGCCUACCGCGGCGGAUGCCUCGUCGCGUACGACCACAUAUCACGCCGGACCAAAGGUCUCGGUUUUGCUCUCGUCAUGAACGGCUACAUAGUCUGCAACUACUUUGUGCCCAUCCUCGCUUGGGUUAUGAUCUAUUUCCGGCAUUCCUUCUCCAACCCGCUCCCCUGGGCUGAAGACAGCCAAGACUUUUACGACAACCAAGUCGUCCAAGCCGUGCCAGGCAUCCCCGGAGAUAUUGUCGACGGCUCCGUGACUAGGUUUACCUCUUAUCCAGAGUCGGGCAUAGUGGGCGAGAUUGUCGGAUGGAGCGCCUUCACCUGGUUUAUAGUCUGGCUCUGCAUGUUCAGCGGUGUCGGGCUGACCGGCCGUGUGGUAUACUUUACAAUGGGAAUGCCAAUUGUGAUGAUUAUCAUUCUCCUUGGCCGCGGUGCAUCCAUGGAAAAUGCCGUCGACGGAAUAAAGCUCUAUGUGGGCGAGUGGCAUGGUGAUAAGCUUGGGCGACCCGCCAUUUGGCAGGCUGCUGCAAGUCACAUAUUUUUCUCCAUUGGCGCAGGCAUGGGUUAUUACACCUCGUACGCUUCGUAUAACCAAAAGUUUGCCAACGCAGUGCAGGACGCACUCAUCAUCGCAUGUAGCAACUCAGCCAUCGAGGUUUCAGCGGGUUUUGCCGUCUUUAGCGUUGUUGGCUAUCUGGGAAUGCACCCAGACAGUGGUGAAGUACUUGGGACGUACAACCUCGCCUUCAUCACCUUACCGGCCGCCUUCGUGCAGAUGCCUGGCAGCAACUUUUGGGCCGUGAUUUUCUUCAUCACUAUCAUGGUGCUCGGAUUUAGCUCUUGCUUUGCCAUGCUCGAGUCCCUGGUGACGCUGGUCAUGGACACAGGGAUUUCUCAGCGGGUUUCACGUGUCACUGUCUCGACAAUCAUCAUCAUCGUCUCGUUUCUUUUUUCGCUCAUGUACUGCACUCAUUUCGGCAGGGAUCUUCUCAAUGCUAUCGACGCCUGGAUCAGCGAUAUGUCUUUAGUGGGCAUCGUUGCCCUUGAGUGUGUGGUGGCCACCACCAUUUACCGUUUCCGCGAUGUUACGGGACAGGUAGGCCUCCCGGCCUUCGCCAUCUUCAACGGCAGCUAUGCGCUGGCGUUUGUCGUGGGCCUAAUUAUCGCACACCACGUGUCUCCCGAAGCUGGCGCGGGUGCAGGUUUCGGUAUCUUCAUUGCCGCUGUCUUGUUGUGCGUCUUCAUGGCGAGGACACCCUCGGUACCGGCCCCCAGGUUCUGGGGCGGUAAGCCUCUGCUCAACAAGUUCUGGUGGCUGGCAUUUUACUCUGGUAACCAACUCCGCCGUGAUCUGAACAUCACGGUUGCGCGCGGCAACAACUGGGCCAUCCCAUUAUUCUGGGCGCCGGUGCUCAAGUACAUCUCGGCUCCGAUCCUGCUCAUCGUCUUUUCGCUCGGCUACCCCAAAUUCACCCAGAGGAUGCAGGACCCCCUCGAGAUUCUUGGCUUUGCCAUAUCCCACUGCAUCAUCGCAGUAGUCCUCCUUGGCUUCCUCCUCCCUCGGUGGUUUGAUGUCUUCAUCCCAGAGCAGCGUCGCAAUGAGGGUAUCCUGCCGUAUGCGCCCGGUGUCACGCUGGGCACGUCACCGGAGGAUGCUGCACGCGGCGCAACCGAGGCCGGACUGGACAGGAACAUUGAAGGUCUCAACGACAUGCAGGAGAGCAAACGAGCCAACAGCGGUGAGGUUGAUGGCACCGGAACCCCGAGUGAUGACCUGUCGGACAAGAGGGUCGAUGUUGACGAUCAUGUCCAGAGUGACCCCAAAACUGAGCGUGUGAGGAACGAUGUCAACUGAUGUUAACGAGCAAGCAGUGGUGAUUUCUUGUGUUGUUCCAUGGACGAAGUGCUUGCUUGGUAGACCCCGCAAAAGCCGGAACAGGGUAGGAGUCACAAAACUCCACACUAGAUUAAGUGGUGCUGGGUUUAGGAAUACAUAUUAUUUUCCAAAGGAACAAAACCAGAAACGUUGGCAUAAUACUCCGUUGGAGAUAAGGGAAGGUGGCAAUGUAUGCGAACUAGGUCGAUCAUGACAGGGUUUAGGGCCAUU